AUGUUCGAGGGCAGCACGAGAAAGAGGAAGAGCCUUCCCUUGGUAAAGUUCUUGAAGUCGCUGAAGUCGAAGCUUCUUUCACCGGCGCCGUGUCGGCUGGAGGGCAUCACCUUGGAACUACACACGCUUAGCUUUGUGAUAGGCUGGGGAAAGAAUGCUAAUACCGAAAUUCCGAGCAGUCUGUGCCUGCGGGCAAUUGGUGCCCGAAAUGUUUCGACCGGUACUGUUAUCGCCUGGGAGUGCUUAAUUUGGUACCAUACUAGGCAUGGUUUCUCCCCGCGCUGGUAUUCAUCACCUCUGUGUGGCGCAGAUGAGCGCUAUAGAGUUUACCUCGCAUUCGUCGGAUCCGGGUACAAACCCUAUGAAGUUCAGAAAAGAUUACCUGGGCUAUAUGCGAAUUUGACCCUUUUUGGUUUAUUGUUAUCUUCGCAUACGCUCCAAGUGUUCCCGGUGGGUAAGGAAGCCUCAGCAGGUGGUCCUGGAUGUUUACGUCCCUUGUGUUGCGACGCAAAGAAGAUCGCGGUUGCAGCGGCAGAAGUGAGCUUUGGCAGGAUUGUCGCAACUACCACUUAUCGACGAGAAAAUUUCCCGAACUACAUUCUGGGAAUCAAUGUGCUUCUCCUGAUCCUACUUGGUAUCACGACCGUUUACUUUUGGACCUUUUGGUAUUAA